CCUCCCCAAACCGUUUCCCUCCCCUGGAGCAAGAAGACAUGCCAGGGGCUGCCACUGCUUUCCCACAAAUAUCGCAUAACCCCCCAACACAUCAUGGAAAGCUGCCUUCUUUGAUCCCUCACUGAUUCCAUACCCCCCCUCUCUCUCUCUCUCUCUCUCUCUCUCUCUUCCAAGUCUUCCACUUUAUAACACUAUAACCCCCUCUUUCCUUUUUCCCAUGGAGAAAACUUCCAUAGAGAUGGAUCUGGGGGAGUGGGAGUUCCUCCCUGAGAGCAAGAGUUUCCUGGGAUUUGGCCAUGAGGGUGGCAAGGACUUAUUCCCCAAGGAGAUCCGCAUCGAUACCAAAGGAAUCGUCGACAUGAACUACUUCAUCUGCCCCUCCCCCACCUCUCCCUGCAUCCGCGCAGAGGAGGAGAAGUCGAACACCGCAACCGAAACCAAAAAAGCUCUCCCCCCUCCAAUCGUCCCGGAACCGGUAGCAAACAAGAAGCCGGAUGAUGAGGUGGCCAGAGAGUUCAAAGACAUCGGCGUCGUGCCUCCGGUGAUCGUAGCCAGCCAUGACGCUGCUGCUGUGUCUCAAGUCUUCUUCAAAGUGAAGGAGAACGAAUUCGUCGACAUGAAGAUGAACUCUCCCAAGUCCAACACCAAGGGGAUCAUCCCUCAUAUCGAACCCGACCCGAUUCGAUUCGAUGAGCAAGGGGAGGAGGAAAUGGAGAAAGAUGAGGACCAUCUGGAGUCCGAGGUCAAAGGUAAGCCUUGCUGGGAGAGCUUUGGUUUUAAUAUCUGGAGGUGGAGAUUGGCUGGUAUUGGAGCUCUGUGCUCCAUUGGAGUGGCUGCCGCCACCAUCUGUAUCUUUAUUUUGGGUGGCCGGCAGCGGCAGAAGCAGCAGCACCAGAACCAGAGGAUCCAGUUCCAGAUCUACGCCGAUGACCAGAGGAUUAAGCAGAUGGUGCAGCAGGCUACGAGGCUGAACCAUGCGCUUUCGGCGGCGAGGGGAGGUCCAAUGACGAGGGCGCAAAAUGUGGCACACAUAUCAUUUGGGGGAUACUAUAAUGGGCUCUGAUCGAUUCUAAGGCCUAUGGAAUAUUUACGUGGAAGAAAUGUUUGUGAUGGAAUUGGGUGCUGUGGGCUUUGGAAGAAAUAUGUUGUACAGACUCUUCCGGGAUGUAAGUGGGAAGGGGGAAUAGUAUACUGCGAUGUAUAUUGGAGGAGAAUAGUUUCUAAGAGAUGUUAUUUAAUGAUUAAUUAUGAGUAUUUUAAUAAUUUGAGGGGUUCUA